GACAGUUGGAUCCCAACCCCCUAACUCAACCGUGAGAGACAUUGUGCCGUUGUACUAAGUGGGUCCUUUACUACAAAGCCACCUACUCUUUAAUUUUUUUUAAUUAAAAAUUUCAUCUUAUCUCCCUUUCAAAAAAAAUAUUUCUGUUGGAUUUUGAAAUUUAUUGAGAGGGAUGAAAAAGUGUGUAAUUUUCCAGUUUACCAAGAAUUGAACACACACCCUCCUUUGACUCCUUGCAUUGCACACUUUCUCUCUCUCCUAAUUUUCUUAUUACUAGUAAUAUUAAUUGAAAGCCCAAAAAAUAAAAAAUAAAAAUAAAAAACAGCUCUUUUCUUUAUUUAUUUUGUGCCUCAUUUAUUACCCAAAAACAGUUCUUUUCUUUCUUUUCACUCUUUUUAAGCAAGAAAGUUCUAUAAAAAUCAAACCUUUUUCAAAUAAAAACCAUAUUUGAUGCUUCUUUACUACUCAAACUUCUGGGUAUUUCUCAUAUAAAUUGAACUACUGUUGAAAAUUUUAACCUCUACCCUCUUACUAAUUAUUAUUGAUUUCUCUCCCCAAACAAAAUUAACAAAAUGAGUGCUUCAAAGUUUAUUAAAUGUGUUACUGUUGGAGAUGGAGCUGUUGGAAAAACAUGUAUGCUCAUUUGUUAUACUAGUAACAAAUUUCCUACUGAUUACAUUCCUACUGUAUUUGAUAAUUUUAGUGCUAAUGUGGCUGUUGAUGGAAGCAUUGUCAACUUGGGACUUUGGGAUACUGCUGGUCAGGAAGAUUAUAGCAGGUUAAGGCCAUUGAGUUACAGGGGUGCAGACAUAUUUGUGUUGGCAUUUUCUUUGAUCAGCAGGGCAAGUUAUGAAAAUGUCCUUAAGAAGUGGAUGCCGGAACUUCGUAGAUUUGCACCCAAUGUUCCAAUUGUACUUGUUGGAACAAAACUAGAUCUUAGGGAUGAAAGAGGGUAUGCUGAUCCUACUGGAUCAAAUAUCAUAACUCCUGCUCAAGGAGAAGAGUUACGGAAGCAAAUUGGUGCUGCAGCUUAUAUAGAGUGCAGCUCUAAAACUCAGCAGAAUGUCAAAGCUGUUUUUGAUACUGCUAUCAAAGUUGUUCUACAACCUCCAAGGAGGAAAGAAGCACCAAGGAAGAAGAAGUACAAAAAGUCUGGUUGUUCAUUCGUGGGAAUUAUGUGUGGAGGUUGUGCUGCCUAGUUGGCGCAUUUGGAUUAGAAAGAGGAGGCUCACCUCCUACUCUUUUUGGACGAGCAAUGCCAUGUUUGCUGAAUUCAUCCCAAACUAAGGCAGCAGCUGGUGUGUGCACUAUAUUAUAUUGCGCGAUCUGAUGUAUGUAUGUAUGUGUUAUCUUUUGCGGAAUUAUAAGCUGCAAAGUACUGAGGGAAUUGUUCAUUCUCUCUUGGCUAUUUUGCCCUAUUUAACUCAUUAUUAGCUUCUUCUUACUUUCUUAGUUAUGUAAGAGCAUAUUCUGAUGGCAAGUUUCAGGGAUUUAGUAUUUUAGUGUAUUAUUUCUACCAAAAAAAAAUUUGGUUCUGAGUUCAUAAGCAUAUUAUGUAGCAUUUGAUUAAUUUUCUUUGCUCCUUUGUUCUAAGAUCAACUCGGGUAUGUCUCUUUGCAUGCAAAUUAUCGUUCUGACCACUGAUGUAUCCAAUGGCAAAAGAAAACAUAAUGGUAAAUUU